GACAUGUUCCAGCUUUCCUCAUGAAGGACAUCAAUGGCCCAUUGUACCAAAUGAAAUCAUUUCCAGGUGUUCAAUUGUUGCAAUCAAGAGAACAUUCUCGUUCAGCGACCUUUUCCAUACACAACACUACUGCUCGCACUGACAAGUUUUUGAACGACAAGACUUAGAGACCUCUCUCCAUGCUUGACCAAUUUCUACUCCUUCAUCUACGGUGUGGUUGGACAUUCACAUCCAGAUUGGUUUCACCGAUGCUCUCUCUCACUUUACUUCUUUUCUGGAUGUUAUUUUUGAUGCAAUCGAACCUCAUGAGGUUCGAGUCACACCGUGGCGUCUCGAGUUCAAUGUAAGCUGGCACCGAUUGACUACAUUGUAAGGAUGGUUAGAGGUAAACCUCCAAGGUGUAGUUUAUGAUGAGGAACCUAUCAUCCUUCCAUCAGUACAUGCUCAACUACCAGGUAUUUAUAUGUCUUCAGUAAGUCCAUCCAAAAAGGUAUCUUUAAUUUCAACUCAAUCCUAUACGAAUCUCUUUAAAGUUCGCAUCAAUCAAUUUCAAACUUUUCAAAGAUGUCGUGCCCAGAUUGCUUUCGAGGGGGGUUAAGCACAACAAUCGCAACUGGCAAAGAAAUCAUAAUUCACGGUCUUCCAACUAAUGUCGCAAAACCAGAAAAUGGGAAUGAGCCAAAGGGUAUAGUCGUUAUCAUUACUGAUGCUUUUGGCUGGAAUUUUGUGAACAAUAGAGUAACGGCAGAUCGUUAUGCCAAAGGAGGAGAAGUCUUGGUUUAUUGUCCCGACUUUAUGGAUGGCAAUGCAAUGAAUCCUCGCGCCAUCUCUCUAUUUGAUAAAAUUAUGGAACCCGCGUCUUGGUCUACGACAAUUUUCUUCAAACCUAUAUAUGUUUUUCAAGCUAUGACUAUCGCAAUUCCCUGGAAAACAAAGACCAAAAUUCCCAUCACCCAUCCUAAAGUCGUUUUCUUCUUUCAAGCUCUUGGAUCAUCCGAACCUCCCUUUCCAACGAACGAUCUCAAGAUAGGUGUUGCGGGUUUCUGUUGGGGUGGAAAACAUACUGUACUUCUUACACAAGACGAUUUGUCUUCGCGCGUUCAACGACAUCAAUCGCAAGCCAAAUCUACUACUCCUGAACAAUUGAUCGAUUGUGCAUUUACUGCCCAUCCUUCUUAUAUUGAGGUCCCAAACGAUAUCGAAGCAGUCAAAAUCCCACUCAGUAUAGUAAUCGGAGAUUAGACUGCGCAACGGGUACCCGCGGGGCGGAUAAUAGCCUCAACAGAUAAUCCGUGAAUAAUUUGUCUACAAAGCGGAUAAUUCAGAAUCUGAACAGGUAAUCCGUAGGGCGAAUACAAAUUACCUG